UCGCAUUAUUUUUAUAAAAUAGGUCCUCUUGACUGAAUAUGGAAGAUCGUGGUAUCAGAAGAGAUUAUACCCACUUAAUGAAAGCGAGUGCUAGUGUUGAAGAUCAUGAAAAUUUUCAUGAUUUUACACCCUUAAUGGAUGCCGCGCAAAAGGGACAUUAUUUUCUUGUGCGACAUUUACUGGAAAUUGGAUCAAAUGUUAAUGAUCAGACGAAAACAGGGCAUACCGCUUUGACAUACGCUUCCUGGAAUGGUCAUACUCACAUUGCUAAUCUUUUAAUGCAAUUUGGUGCUGCUCGAGAUAACUCCACCAUGCUGCUUCCUCAAGCGCAAGAAAGUGCUGCUUCUGCGCUUAUGUUAUUACCACAACAUCAACAACAACAGACCACCCAACCGAAGAACAAAGACAACAACAACAGAGCACCCAACCGAAGAACAAAGAACAACAACAACAGCAACAGCACAUAAGUCCUCAAUAUGUACCUCACCUUGAGCCAACAUCUACGCAACAAUAUGUCCAUUAUGGACAAUAUGUACCUCAACCCCAGCAAACAUCUACGCAACCACAACAUCAACAACAACAACAGACCACCCAACCGAAGAACAAAGAACAACAACAGCAGCAGCAGCAACAUUUUCAAACUAAAAGAAUAGAACAAAAUGAAAGUCCUCAUAUACCAUUGAAAGACACCAGUGUUGGUGCCCAAAUACAAAUCAACACAAUGCAAGAUUUACAAACAUUAGAAGAUAUUAUAUCAAGAAGAUGCGAAAAAGCCUACUGUGAAGGUUAUCGCCAGGGCUAUAUGCAGGCCCUUACGGAAAAAAGACUCAAAUAUUGAGUGUUUACAUACAUGAAAUUGAAAUGUUUGUCCAUUUAAAAUUUAGUUAAAU